AUGAUGCUCAAGAUGCUGCCGUUUAAGCUGCUGCUGGUGGCCGUGGUUCUGUGCUUCUUCGAGGGGGAUGCCAAGUUUGGGGAGAGCGGCGCCCGGAGGAGAAGGUGCCUCAACGGGACCCCGCCGCGGCGGCUGAAGAAGCGGGACCGGCGGGUGCUGUCCCCGGAGGCCCCGGGCGGCGGGGAGGCGAUGUGCCGCGGCCUCUACCCCCGCCUGUCCUGCUGCUCCCGCUCCGAGGCGCAGGGUCUGCCGCUACCCGAAGCCAAGGUCCUUUCUGUUACCAACAACACAGAAUGUGCAAAGCUGCUGGAGGAAAUCAAGUGUGGACACUGCUCACCUCACGCUCAGAACCUAUUCCACUCAGCUGAGAAAGGGGAAACUCCUGAAAAAGAACUAAUGCUUCCCUAUCUGUGCAAAGACUAUUGUAAAGAGUUCUAUUACACCUGCAGAGGUCACAUACCAGGUUUCCUCCAAACUACAGCUGAUGAGUUUUGCUAUUACUAUGCAAGAAAAGAUGGUGGUGUGUGCUUUCCAGAUUUUCCAAGAAAACAAGUGCGAGGGCCAGCUUCUAACUCCCUGGACCACAUGGAAGAAUACGACAAAGAGGAAGAGAUCAGCAGAAAACACAAGCACAACUGCUUCUGCAUUCAGGAGGUUGUGAGUGGACUGAGGCAGCCUGUUGGAGCAGUACAUUGUGGGGAUGGAUCCCAUCGCCUCUUCGUUCUUGAGAAAGAAGGAUACGUGAAGAUCUUCACUCCUGAAGGAGACAUACUCAAGGAACCUUUUUUGGAUAUACACAAGCUUGUUCAAAGUGGAAUAAAGGGAGGAGAUGAAAGAGGACUGUUAAGCCUUGCAUUCCACCCCAAUUACAAGAAAAAUGGAAAGCUGUAUGUGUCUUAUACCACCAACCAAGAACGGUGGGCUAUUGGACCUCAUGACCACAUCCUUAGGGUCGUAGAGUACACAGUAUCCAGGAAAAAUCCACACCAAGUUGACAUGAGGACAGCAAGAGUGUUUUUAGAAGUAGCAGAACUCCAUCGAAAACAUCUAGGAGGACAGCUGCUGUUUGGCCCAGAUGGCUUCCUAUACAUUUUUCUUGGAGAUGGCAUGAUCACUCUGGAUGACAUGGAGGAGAUGGAUGGUUUAAGUGAUUUUACAGGUUCUGUAUUGCGCCUCGAUGUCAAUACUGACCUGUGCAAUGUCCCUUACUCCAUCCCACGGAGCAACCCACACUUCAACAGCACCAACCAACCUCCUGAGAUUUUUGCACAUGGACUCCACAAUCCAGGCCGGUGUGCUGUGGACCGGCACCCAACAGAUGUAAACGUCAAUUUAACUAUACUUUGUUCAGACUCAAAUGGAAAGAACAGAUCUUCAGCAAGGAUCUUACAAAUAAUAAAGGGCAAAGACUAUGAGAGUGAGCCCUCCCUUCUAGAAUUCAAACCCUUCAGCAGUGGCUCCCUGGUUGGUGGAUUUGUGUACCGGGGCUGCCAGUCGGAGCGGCUCUAUGGAAGUUACGUGUUUGGAGACCGCAACGGAAAUUUUUUAACACUGCAACAGAGUCCUGCAACCAAACAGUGGCAAGAGAAACCCCUCUGUCUUGGCAACACUGGCUCAUGUAGAGGUUUCUUUUCAGGCCCUGUCUUGGGAUUUGGAGAAGAUGAAUUAGGUGAGAUUUACAUAUUAUCAAGCAGUAAAAGUAUGACACAGCCUCACAGUGGAAAACUCUACAAGAUCGUUGACCCAAAAAGGCCUUUAGUCCCUGAAGAAUGCAAAAGAACAGCUCAGCCUGCACAUAUCCUGACAUCUGAAUGCUCAAGGCACUGUCGGAACGGGCACUGCACUCCCACAGGAAAAUGCUGCUGUAAUCAAGGCUGGGAAGGAGAGUUCUGCAGAACUGCAAAAUGCGACCCGGCCUGUCGACAUGGAGGUGUCUGUGUAAGGCCCAAUAAAUGCUUGUGUAAAAAAGGCUAUCUCGGCCCCCAGUGUGAACAAGUGGACAGAAACAUCCGAAGAGUGACAAGGGCAGGUAUUCUGGAUCAGAUCCUAGACAUGACAUCCUAUUUGCUGGAUCUAACCAGCUACAUUGUAUAGUUUCUGGGACUAUUUGGAAACUCCACUUUCAGCGGGCAUUUGUUUUGAAUCCUGUCGUUUUUGAAAGACUGUUAUCCUGCAACAAACACCGGUGAUUUGAUUUCCUUUAUUAAUUUAAGUGUAAUAUCCACCAAUGUGCAGAAAAAUCCCCUGUAUGUGUGUAAAUAUUCCUGCACGUCUCCACAGGCGUCCCGAUAUCCAAUAUGUGCACACAUACACACGCAGCCGCUAUCACAAAUACGGUUUUGCAGAGAGUGGAAUCUUUUUUAAUAUUUAUUUCUUCAUGAGAAAUAGUUUACGAAGCAAUUCCACUGUAAAACAUAUUUUUGUCAAAGGAUUUUGCUGAUGUCUUAAUGAAUUCUUUGACAUCCCAGAAAUCUCGUUCCUGUACCUAUCUGAUUAUAGCAGUGAGAAAGCAGUUUCCAAACAUCACUGUAUAAACUGCUGGACUUAAUAAAAUCCAGUUGUAACAGUUUCUAAGGUAAACUGAACUCCAUCAUGAGACAAUAUUUCAGAACUGCUUAAUGCAUUCCUAUCUAGGCAAUUCAUUGUAAGACUGUAACCUUCACUUUCAUCAAUGUAACUCUAUUACAGAAUGUUAUUUCUUUAUCUAGCAUAGAUGCAAAAAUCUGGUUAUCGCAGCUUAAUAUCAAGAUUGUUUCAAGUGUUUAAUAAUUAAAUUAUAUUCGCAUAUUUCAAAACCAGUCAUCCUAGAAGGUCUGCUUUUUAUCAUAUAUUUUAUUUAACGAUGGGCACUGGGUUCAUGUUACAUAUUUAUAUUAUUUUAUUUUAUUUUUCUAAUAUAGACAUCACCUAGAUGAGACAGCUUUACCAUGUCCUGUAAAAUACUAAAGUUACAUUUUUCACCAAGGUAAUUGGAAAGACUGGGAAAGAGAGAGCAAACACACACUUCAAUGUGUUGUGGAUCUAAUCUAGAAGUGUACCCUUGUGUCAACUUGUGUUCAUUUACAGUGGAUGAGAAAAAAAAGCA